UCCGCCCGCCGCUCGCUCGCUCGCUCGCUCGACUCCGCUCGGCCGCUCGCUUCUGCUCGCCUCGACUCCGCUCGGCCGACUGCCGGGCCGCUGACUUACUGACUGACUGACGCCAGGCGACGCGGCCGACGCGGCCGACACAGUAGACACAGUCGACACAGUCGGCCCGGAGCCUGCGGCAGCGACGCCUGUUCCGCGGGACCUCUCGCCGGGACGAGCCGCUGACGUGGACCCUACCGAGACCGCGACCGACGACGCGGACGAGCAUUGCCCGACCCAGGAGCCGAGCAUCGAUCGCGCCCCCGAGUCGCUGGUGAAUUCUCGAUCACCCCUCUACAACAACCCGAGAAGAGGAGAAAUCUCGACACCUCGAAAAAAGAGACGCAGAAUGAGAUCGGAGGUGACGAGCGAGGAGGGCUACGUGGAGGCGUGGGGUGCGAAGAGUUCCCAGGGUGGCCGAGCGGCGCGGCGGACGUCGAGGCGCGGCGACCGGCAGAGCUCGAGGUCGAAGGUCUCCAGGACGGCCACCCCGCGGGAGAGGACCCUCAGGAGGCUGGAGAGCAACGAGCGGGAGCGGAUGAGGAUGCACAGCCUGAACGACGCCUUCCAGUCCCUGCGAGAGGUGAUCCCCCACGUGAGCAAGGAGAGGCGGCUCUCGAAGAUCGAGACCCUGACGCUGGCCAAGAACUACAUCGUGGCCCUGACGGACGUGAUCUGCGCGAUGAGGGGCGAGGAGCAGAGCACCGAGCAGAAGAUGCAGCAGAUGCAGCAGGCGGACCACGGGGGCCCGUCCGAGGGCUCGGAGGCCUCCGAGGCCUGCCUCGACAUCAACACCCCGAGCUCCUCCAGGUCCUCCAGCCCGGAGAGCCAGAGCUUCUACGAGGACAACCAGGUGGACGCGAUCUGGGACCAGAAGUCGAGCCGCUGUGCGGCGCACUGAGGCCUACCCCGAGACUCGUCGGUGCGAAUUCGAGUCGGUCUUCCGGACAGCGAGUAUCCGAUCAUCCUGAGGCGACUCCUCGCGCUGGAGUCGCCCCGACCUCUAGGUUUAAGGUAUAGGCGGAUAAGUCGGGCGGCACGUCCUGGGAGCGGCCGGGAACGCGGAUUUCUGAUACGUUUACGUAUGCCGAGGACCAUCGGGGGGCACGGGCACGAGCAGCACCCAAGAAAAAGGAAGAGGGACGAUCUCGCGUCGUCCCCUGGGGAGUAGGAUUCGCAGCGUAGGGUGCCAAAAAUCGAAGUAUCAGUAUUAAGCCGUGGAACACCUGCUGCAUAUCAGUCCCCUGUAUCUUCCUCGGCGGGGGAGAUCAUUAUUUCGGCGAGGGGACGCGUCGCGUCAACGAUGGGAAUCCGUCGUGCGAAAGUGAUAUCCGGGUCAGGGCAAUUAUUCGAGACAUCUCGGCGACGAGGUUCCCCUUGAAUUAAGGGGGCCUCGGUAAUCUCGCCCGAGCUAAAGAACUCGGCCGAUAACGUCGAAUUGUAAUUCGACAUAUAUUCUAAAUAUAAGGACGCGCUAAUCUUAAACCGGUCAGGCCCAUCGGAGCACGCGGGGCGACAUGCUCGUGCAUUAAUCCUGGCCGAUGGCCGCGAGAUGGACGUGCACCGCGCAAAAAGUAUGUGAUAAAGACGCGACGGGGAAUGCGGAUCGUAAACGCGAUAGAAACUUCCGUCCGGAUUCUGGCAGGUUUCUGGUUCUUGCUUAACUCGGUGUUUUUCUUUUUCCUUUCUUCUGUUUCUCUCUUUCCUUUUCUUCCCUCGGUUUUUACUGGGCACUCCAGGCGGAGCGUUUAUCAUUUCUUGCGACGCGAACGAACGCUCGGCUCUCGUGGAAAUCGACCUAAUUCCUUUUCUCUUUCUCUCCUAGAAUCGGCGGAGAAGCGAAGCUCCGUGCGAAAGGUUUCCCGUUGAUUUCUGAAAGUCAUUCGCGAAGGAAGCUUAUAUAUACGCAUAUAUAAAUAUACAUAUACAUA